CGCGCACAAUAGCGAUUGCUUAAUGCACAAUUGCGCUAUAAAAUAUUUCAUAUAAACAAUAAAACAGAACUUCUUUAGAUAGUGCCACAAUGAUCAGUCUGUUUUACGGCCUCCUUUCCCCCCUCCCUUAAGUAAACCACAGAUUUUGCUGGUAUACUAACUGGGUUCGGUACAAGCUUGUGCCACGUUACGCUACGGUGCAUUUUGUUCAAAAUCCGUUCUCUGUAAUUUCUCGGUAUGGGGACUGCUGAAGAGCCGUCUUUACAUGGAGCGCUGAACUGUUCUAAGUAGGACAACCGAGACCAAUAUAGUUUUCUCCUCUUCUUUGAAACGUAUUCGCGAUUCUCCCUGUAGCACAGAAGAAGCAGAAAAGGUCAGCAGACUUUGUAUGGGAGCUUAAGCGUGCAAUAUGCUGAAGAAGCAGCCCGUUUACUGCGCGCAAAAGAAAUAAUGGGAGAGAAAUGAGAAGGAAAACAAAAGCGAAGCGAGUUCUCGAUCACGAAAAUGAUGAAGAAGAGGAAGAAGACCGAAACCAAGAUGAAAUCGACGUAAGAACAUUACACAGCAAGGUCUUAUGUCACGGGUUGCAGAAAAGAAGGAAACAAAUGUACCCUGCCAAAGAGAAAGCAGACGAAAAUUCAUCAUCCACUGCCGGCCUCCAGAAGUUGAAAAUGAGGGCAUUUGAGCUGGACAGUCCUAUGACAGAACAGUGUACUGACAGUGACUCCACUCCCGAGGAAUCAGACUACCUGCAGUCACGCUCAAAGGCAGAGCUAAUCGCUAUGGUGCUGUGCAUGCAAAGGGAAAUGGAGGGUUUGAAGGAGCAAAUUCGGUGCCUUACAGCAUGUGGGAAGCUGGCCAGAAACUUAGAAACCCUGAUUGAAAGGACUCAGGUGUGGUCCAGUGGCAACAGCAAGACUCCAUCUCCCAGCAUGCCUGGUGUACCAGUGGAAGGGGAUGCCCUGCUUCCUGGACUGCUGGCGUCCCCGGCUGUGUUGAAUGGGCAGUAUGCCAUGUCCCGGGAUCGCCAGCCUGAGCAGCAGGAGGAUUCCCAGAGGAAUGGCCUCUUCACUGAGUUCAUCACCCCAGAGCUGCUGGAGCGCUGUAACACUGGCACCACAGCCCAGAAGCUGACCAAUGACCUGCUGCGCGGGCUCUAUGAGAGGGAGUGCCUGGCCUCACACUCCAUCUCUGGCAUCGUCUACAACAAGAGGGGGCAACCCAAGCCUGCCCUACCUUCAGACGAAGUUCAGGCCAUCCUGAGAACGGUGCAGUACUUCUUCCCUGGCAAGACAGAUGCAGAGAUCAAGGGCUACAUCCGGCAGAAGCUGCAGAACGAGGCCAAGAGGCUGCGGAGGAAGCCACAGCUGUCGGUGAAGGUGGAGGCUCACGCAGAGCCCAUUGGGACUGAGGGCGUGUACACGUAGAACUGCUGACUCCACCUGCCCUUCGCUUUGUGCCCUGGAACAAGCCACACUCAUCCCCACCUCCUGGCCCCUUCCAAGGAGAUGGUUGGGGGAGUAAACAACACACCUGAUAAUGACAAAAUUUAAAUGUUUUGCUAACGAAAAUGGCGCCAGGUCUUUCCGAGUAGGAGUAUUGCAGUAUUACAUUUGACUCAACAUAGAAGGAAAGAUUUUCCAACCCCUGUUCAGACCUUUAAGGUUUUAGACUGGCUCUGAAAUUCUUAAGAGUAAAAGUUCUGUUUGACAGAUGGACAAAAAAUAUGACAUUUUAUUUUCGGAGCAUAACUCCAGCUUUUACUUGAUCAGGCCUAGUUUCAGCUCAGUUCAAUGUAGACAUGAGCUAUCACCUAGUCCUCUGGCUCAGCUAAGUGCAGCCAGCAAUAGAUAUACAUAUGAAACUGUUUGUUUGCAAAGAUUAGUUCCAUUUUUUAUUUUUCUAAAUAGAAGAUUAGAGUGUGUGUAAGAUGUGUGACCGUGCAAUAGCAACUCAGUGAUGUGAUCAUUACUUACACAAUUUUUGAUGUAUUUCAAAUUUGACAUUGUACUUUCAUGGUCCUUAUGAACUAAGCCUAGCUUUUGUUUCUUAGUUUUUGUAAACAAUAUCCUGAUCUUACAAAUUAAACAAUAUUUUGGUUUUCUCA